AUACACAGAAAAGCUCUCUGUGUCUCUCUUCUUCUCGUUUUAAUGGCGGCCUCUGUUGAUCCUCUUGUUGUGGGUCGCGUUAUAGGAGAUGUUAUUGACCUAUUUGUUCCUUCUGUUACUAUGUCUGUUUAUUAUGGCUCUAAACAUGUCACCAAUGGCUGUGAUGUUAAGCCUUCUACUGCUUCGAACCCUCCUAAACUUACCAUUUCUGGCCAUCCUAAUGACCUCUACACGUUGGUGAUGACAGACCCUGAUGCUCCAAGCCCUAGUGAACCCAGCAUGCGAGAAUGGGUCCAUUGGGUUGUUGCAGAUAUACCUGGUGGUACAAAUCCUACCAAAGGGAAAGAGAUUUUGUCUUAUGUGGGGCCACGUCCGCCGGUAGGAAUCCACCGCUACAUUCUGGUGCUUUUCCGGCAAAAGGCGGCGAUGGGGGUGGUGGAGCAACCACAAUCACGAGCUAAUUUCAACACUCGUCUGUUUGCUGCUCAUUUGGAAUUGGGGCUGCCAGUUGCUACCGUCUACUUCAAUGCGCAGAAAGAGCCAGCAGCCAAAAGGCGCUAAGUCUUUCUCUCUCUCUCUAUAUAUAUGUAUUUUGUUAUUAUAUAUAUAUAUAUAUAUAUAGUAGUAAAGAGCAUCAAAGAAGUUUUUGUUCCCUGUUUUAUGUUUAUGGUUGUACUUGUU